UGUGAGAGCUCAGACAGUGAGGAUAACUUUACCUAGGAAGCAGACUUUUUAUUCUUUCCUACAGUUUGGAAGUAAAUGAUUUUAUGACAAGUGGUAUGCUUCUUUGGAAUAUCAUUUUAUCCGUUUUUAUGGCCAAAGAAAGUAAAUCUGGAAAACAUCUAAAACAACAAAGAAGAAUCCCAGUGGAAGAAACUUGAGAAAUUUGGACAGGAAGCCAUAAAAAAACAGUGCAAAAUGGUUGGAAUCAAACCCACCGAUAUACCUCCAACAGCCACUGUCAAGUUCUUUGGUGCUGGAACGGCAGCCUGUUUUGCAGACUUGGUGACUUUUCCCUUGGAUACAGCCAAAGUCAGGCUUCAGAUUCAGGGAGAGGCCAAAUCUGCAGAGGGAGCAGCAGGAGUUAAGUAUCGGGGUGUAUUCGGCACCAUCACCACCAUGGUGCGGACGGAAGGCCCGAGAAGUCUCUACAGUGGACUGGUGGCUGGACUGCAGAGGCAGAUGAGCUUUGCUUCAGUUCGCAUUGGGCUGUAUGACUCAAUGAAACAGUUCUACACCCGAGGAUCUGAGAAUGCUGGCAUUGUGAGUCGGUUGCUGGCUGGCUGCACGACUGGGGCAAUGGCUGUAGCAUUCGCCCAACCCACCGAUGUUGUAAAGGUGCGGUUUCAGGCCCAAGUACGUCUAGCUGAUGGAGGGAAGCGCUACAGUAGCACCAUGGAUGCUUAUCGGACAAUUGCACGUGACGAAGGUAUCAAAGGACUAUGGAAAGGUUGCAUACCGAAUAUCACACGUAACGCAAUAGUGAACUGUGCUGAGCUGGUCACCUAUGACAUCAUUAAGGAACUCAUCCUAAAGUACAACCUUAUGACAGAUAACCUACCCUGCCACUUUACGGCUGCAUUUGGAGCUGGUUUCUGCACUACCAUCGUGGCCUCUCCGGUGGAUGUUGUAAAGACACGAUUUAUGAACUCCACUUCAGGCCAGUAUAGCAGUGCUAUUAACUGUGCCCUCACCAUGCUAACAAAAGAAGGACCGAAAGCCUUUUACAAAGGGUUCAUGCCCUCGUUUUUACGUUUGGGAUCCUGGAACAUCGUAAUGUUUGUUUCAUAUGAACAAAUAAAAAGAGCCAUGAUGAGAGUGCAGAGGGAGUCACCAUUUUGAACCAUAAAGAAGUUGACACAGACAUGAAAGACAGCCUAAUUAUACUGGAGAGGACAUGUCAAUUCUCUGCGGUAUUAAAAGAAGACCCUUUCUAGUACUGGAUUAAGUCUUAUCUCGGAAGUUGACUGAAUUGCAGAAAGGUCAACAAAAACACAAAAAGGAUUUGUGUACUGUUACUAGGACAGCUUUUGCACAACAUAGGCACCAUAUGCCAACAUACAAAGGAAGUGUUUGUGGUUAAGACAGACUGCCACUGAGGAAAGCAAGCACAAUUGUAAACUUCCGCAUCUUUACUGACCUUGCACAUAAUUAUGUAUUGUUCAUACAGGCUUUUAGGACAAUUAAGUUUUAAUGUUUACAGCUUUGUUUACAAGUGAUAUGAACGUUGGGUCCAUAGCUAGUGGAUUGUAUGUCGCUGUUACUGUACAUUCAGGUAUAUUUGUAGAGUAACAAUAUUUUUAUACAAUAUCCAUUCCUAUCAAUAAAAUGAAGCACAAUUAUAUUUACAUAA